AUGAGGGAGUGGGAAGUCACCAACACGAAGGGGGCACAAUCAGACACCGAGGUUCGCUCAUGGCUCUCUGAUGGUGAUGGUGGCCGUGGUGGUGGUGGUGGUUGUGGUGGUGAAGUCUGUCUCAUGACGGAAAGGCAAGUAUUGGUCGCGUCAAUGUCUCCUCUGGUCUAUAAAAAUAAUAACUACGGGCUCCAAGAGAAUUCUGGUACUAUAGAAUCCGCAAAUGUUGUGGAUGGCUUUGCGUACCAGAAGCUUCCCUACUGCGAGGUUGAGGAGGAGGCAUUCUCGCCCACCACAGCUAGCAAAGACGCCCGGGCAGAUUCGGUGCUCUGUACCGAUGUCCAGGGAAAUGACCAGCCCUCAAAGGUGGCUGCACCGGUUUCUGAUCUACAGGAUACCGAUAAAGUCAAUAGUGAAUGGGUGGCAUCUGAUAGGUCUUCUAGCCGUCAGAGUAAAAGGAAGCCGAGGAAGAAAUCCUUUCUGUCCGUGAUCAGGAUCCAAUGUCCCCAAGUAAUCAGUUCUCAGGACUCAAAAGGCGACACUUCCAACGCGAAUUUCAAAUCUCCAGAGUCUUCCGAAAAACCGCACCUAGUACGCAGCCACAAGCAGCACUACAAACCGGUUAAAUUGCAAAUAGACUCGCCCAUCUUGCUGGAUGAUAAUGCUCAGGAUGAAAAUCUCAGCGACAUUGAUGUUCAGGCGGAAAUGGAACGGAAUAGACGACAUCACCACCAGCGGCAGCGGCAGCGGCAACGGCAGCAGCAGGGUGAAUUACCUGUAGUUUUAACCGUUCGCUCGAACCGAGCCUCAAACGGUCACGCAGAAAGCGUUGUCUCCAAGACUCCUGAGACGCCAGGUGCUCGAAAGGAUAGUAAUACGUUGGUUUCACAUCGACGGGAACUCGUAGAGCGUCGACUGCCUGCGUAUUCGCCGGACGAUGAUUCUGACGUUGAAAUGCAACUAGAAGGAAAGAGCAAGUCGUCGCGGCGGCUGGCCGAUCAAAAUAUCUUCUUAAGGCCCUCGUCCAGCCCUCAGGCAGCUAAAGAACAUGCAAAAUCAAAGGGACUGGAAGAAUGCGAUGAGGUUCUGUACACAAAGCGGCCUCCCGAGGUCCCCCUGAGAAUGAAGAGGGCUAAAAAGCAACCGGUUGAUGCUGUCGAUAACGGGUCCACAGACAUGCUCAGGAGUGAUGAGAGAUACGGGAGAACUAACGACUGCGCUCACGAUGGUCGCACUUCGCUGGAUGGACACCGGUCAUCUCUUCAUCAUACUGUCAAUCUGAAAAAUGGUUUGGCAGAUGAAACUGAAUCAAUACUACUAAGGAGAGAUUCAGACAGUAGCGAGUCGCGUUCCUCAAGGUCACAUCACGAGUUUACUAAUGCUGGUCGUGCCAUCUCUCCUCAGUUGCAUAGGAAAGGACACGCUGUGGAGACAUCGACAGUUCCCAGGCCAGGCGACAAGAGUUCUAGUUCCGGACACCACCGUGCUGAGUCCUCGAGACACCACACUGCAAACAGACCACCGGACUCUCCGGUACGUUCUCGAAACCACAAUUCUGUGCCCUCUGAGGGCUUCGAUGGCCACCUUAACAGCAAAAGGCCCAAAAAUAAACCCUCUUUGGAAGAUCAUCAACUACCAAAGAACUUACAUGAGGAAGAUCGUAGACGGUCUUGUGACUCUCCGCCGGUGACCACCCGAUCAGAAAGCCAGCACCAACGCCAUUCUGGUAAUUACCAGAAAGCCCCUAAAGGUACGUUGUGA